AUGGGGAAGGCGGUGACUCUGGAGGAUCUGAACGCUGGAGAUCACAUAUUCCGAUACGGAUUGCACGGCAUGUAUUCACACCACGGAAUUUACGUAGGCAACGGCUACGUGAUUCACUUCACCCGUACAGAGAACAAAAAAAACAUUUGCCAAUCGUUGUCCAAGACUAGCCCCAAGCAACGAAGUUGUCCCGAUUUCCCGAAAUGCGAAAACCAGGAGACCGUCAAGCUUGGGGUCGUCAAAACUUGUCUCGAUUGCUUCCGCCGGGACGGCAACAAACUCCGAUCCCUCCACUGCUAUGGGUACGGAGGGCCACGACUAUGGUUUAUGCUCGCCAGGCCAGGGACUUGCACCACCUUACCCUGCACCAAAUCGCGCGAUCAAGUCAUCGAGAAGGCUACCAAGCUUCACGCUGACAAUGCUUUCGGCGACUACAGCAUGAUAAGCAACAACUGCGAGCAUUUCGCCGUAUUUUGCCGGACCAACAUCCGCAGAAGCGAGUAGACAUCAUUUGUCACGAAUUGUGAGCAGAAAAUUGUGAAAGCCAAAGAGCGGACCAUGAGGUUGGUGCAGAGGAACUGAGUUCUAGUGGUCCAACCUCCCUCCAAUCGUGCAUUCUGUUUGUUCAUUUUUCACAAUCUGUUCCGAUGUAUACUCAGAUACAGACUAGAACGGGCGGCGGCAAGUCGUAAAUUCCUUACUGUCCCCAUGUAUCUAAUUGCCAUUGGAAUUCCUCCUCUUGCCACAUGGAUGUAACCCAGAUGUAAGAGAGAUUGACCAGAACUGGUAUCCUGAUACAGCAACUAAUGCACAGAGAUUCAGUCAAGUAUUCAUGCGAAUUGCAACAGCAAACACAGGGCAUUGUCGCAUCUUUCGCUGGAUCGAUCGUGCAAUUUUGUUUGCAGAUGCUCCUUGGGCAUUCCUCUAAGUUCCAACUCA